UUCCGUCGGCACGGGUUAUUUCCGCGCAUGCGUGCUCCUUCGGAGGAUGCUGAGCUGUCUCCUGUAAGAGACCUUACACGGCGGCUUUCCCCUUAUUUGAAACUCCAGCGGCGGCUUCCUCCGUCCCUUCCUGCUUUUGUUGAAGGAGCGCCUCGGAAACAAGGCGGCAGCGGUCUGAACAGAGGAGGGUCUAAGUGACAGGAUUCUAACUAUGUCUGAUAAAAGUGAACUGAAGGCAGAGUUAGAACGUAAGAAACAACGCUUGGCUCAAAUAAGGGAGGAGAAAAAAAGAAAAGAAGAAGAAAGAAAGAAAAAGGAAACUGAUCAGAAGAAAGAUGCCCUUCCUGCACAAGAUGAGUCUGACCUUGAAAAAAAGAGACGGGAAGCAGAAGCUUUGCUUCAGAGCAUGGGUUUAACACCUGAUACUCCCAUGGCUGUGCAACCUCUACGACUAGUAACAGCGGAUACCUGUCUGUUUCACUAUUUAGUCCCUCCUCCUAUGUCUCCAUCUUCGAAAUCUGUGAGCACACCAAGUGAGGCCGGAAGCCAAGAUUCUGGUGAUGGUGCUGUUGGUUCAAGGACGCUGCAUUGGGAUACUGAUCCAUCUGUUCUACAACUCCACUCUGAUUCCGAUCUGGGACGUGGACCUAUUAAACUUGCAAUGUCCAAAAUUACUCAAGUUGACUUUCCUCCUCGAGAAAUGGUCACAUAUACAAAGGAGACCCAAACUCCAGUUAUGACUCAGCCUAAAGAAGAUGAGGAAGAUGAAGAUGAUGUAGUUAUACAAAAACCACCAGUUGAACCUGAGGAAGAAAGCAUUUUGAAAAAGGAGGAAGAGGAGGAAGUUGCCCCACAUGAACUAACAGAAGAAGAAAAGCAACAAAUUUUGCAUUCCGAAGAGUUUUUGAGCUUCUUUGAUCAUUCUACAAGAAUUGUAGAAAGAGCUCUUUCUGAGCAAAUUAAUAUUUUCUUUGACUACAGUGGCCGGGACUUAGAAGAUAAAGAAGGAGAAAUUCAGGCAGGAGCUAAACUGUCCUUAAACAGACAGUUUUUUGAUGAACGUUGGUCAAAGCAUCGUGUUGUUAGUUGCUUGGACUGGUCAUCUCAGUACCCAGAGUUGUUAGUAGCAUCUUAUAACAACAAUGAAGAUGCUCCUCAUGAGCCUGAUGGAGUGGCCCUUGUCUGGAAUAUGAAAUAUAAGAAAACAACUCCAGAAUAUGUCUUUCACUGCCAGUCAGCUGUUAUGUCUGCUACAUUUGCAAAAUUUCAUCCAAAUUUGGUGGUUGGUGGCACAUACUCUGGACAAAUUGUGCUCUGGGAUAACCGUAGCAAUAAGCGAACACCAGUUCAGAGAACUCCCCUUUCAGCUGCUGCUCACACGCAUCCUGUAUAUUGUGUAAAUGUUGUGGGGACACAGAAUGCCCAUAACCUUAUCAGCAUUUCUACUGAUGGGAAGAUUUGCUCAUGGAGCCUGGAUAUGCUAUCACAGCCGCAGGAUAGCAUGGAGUUAGUUCAUAAGCAAUCCAAAGCUGUUGCUGUCACUUCUAUGUCUUUCCCUGUUGGAGAUGUCAACAACUUUGUCGUUGGAAGUGAAGAGGGCUCUGUCUACACAGCAUGUCGCCAUGGCAGCAAAGCUGGAAUCAGUGAGAUGUUUGAAGGCCACCAAGGGCCCAUUACAGGUAUCCAUUGCCAUGCAGCAGUUGGACCUGUAGACUUUUCACAUCUAUUUGUAACUUCUUCUUUUGACUGGACUGUAAAGCUUUGGACAACUAAGAACAACAAGCCUCUAUAUUCAUUUGAAGACAACUCAGAUUAUGUUUAUGAUGUGAUGUGGUCACCCACUCACCCUGCCCUCUUUGCUUGUGUAGAUGGAAUGGGAAGACUUGAUCUGUGGAAUCUUAACAAUGAUACUGAGGUGCCAACAGCAAGCAUUACCGUGGAUGGAAAUCCAGCCCUUAAUCAUGUAAGAUGGACAAAUUCAGGACGUGAGAUUGCGGUGGGAGAUUCCGAAGGACAAAUAGUAAUUUAUGAUGUGGGAGAGCAAAUUGCUGUUCCCCGAAGUGAUGAGUGGACCCGUUUUGGCCGGACAUUAGCUGAAAUUAAUGCAAACAGAGCUGAUGCAGAAGAGGAAGCAGCAACUCGAAUUCCUUCUUAAAAUUUUACAGAGGAUUCUAGCAGUGAAUUUGGGAAUGAGCUACAAAAAGCUUCAAUGUAGUAGCAUGUUCUAGCCUGCAGCAGCAACUUGAACGUGAAAACAUGUAGUCAACUAUGGAUUUGACAAGUGUAUAAAGAUUACUGAAGCAGAUCUUGUGAAGUUGCUUUUUAAAAGCUAGAUCACAUAUUCUUAAUCUAAUCUGCAUAUAUUAAUAUUUAUCCUAACUUGGCAAGUCAUAUCUUCAGUUGAAACACUACUUAUAUAUUUAAAGUUACUUAGGCUAUCCAACUUUCAAUGGGAUUUAAGUAAGUUAUGUAACCUAUUUCGGGGGGGGGGAUUAUGGAACUGCUUAGAGUUAUGGUAGUUACACAUGUAUCUGUUCACAGCAACCUUUAUCCUAUAUGUUAUACAGUAGGCUCCCAUGGUGAUAGAUCAUGUAAAGGAAUAAAAAUAAUCUAUUAAACCUUUUUUAAUUAAUGGAAAAUUUCUAAAAUCCUUUGGAUUUUUUGUUAAAUUUGUGUAGUUAGUAAGGAUUCUUUAUAAAUAAAAUACAUGAUGUUUUUCUCAUACAUAUCCAUUUAAAGACUUGAUUUUUUUUAAUAGGAUUGUGUUACGUGCUAAUAAUGCACACAAGAUUUGUAGGGGAAAAGGAAUCUAAAAUGUACUUUCUAUUUAUGCCUAUAAUAAAAAUGAAGGAUACAAAUGA